AUGAGAACUAUUUCUUUGGCGUUCCAUUCCCUGAAUCUGGCAAUUUCUUCGAUUCAAACCGCACCCAAAAUGGUUCUUCACCAGCCUAACAACCAGCACGUUACUAAGUCAUUUGACCUUACAGGCAAAGUCGCCAUCGUCACGGGUGGUGCUCGUGGAAUUGGGCUUGAAGUCACUCGAGGAUUGGCAGAGGCUGGUGCAAAUGUUGCUGUGAUCUAUAACUCAUCUAAGUCGGCGGAAGCUACUGUGGCCGAAAUUGCGUCUGCAAACAGCGUGCGCGCAGCUGCUUACCAGGCCGAUGUGACCAAUCAGUCCCGAAUUGAAACGGUGAUUCAAAACAUAACGAAAGAUUUCGGCAAGCUUGACAUCUUUGUCGCAAACUCUGGUAUUGCAACUUGCGUUGCCGCCGAAAACUAUACACCUAGCCAAUGGAGUGAGAUCAUGAAGGUGAAUCUUGACGGCGCUUUCUACUCCGCUCAAGCCGCAGCGCGUAUUUUCAAACAACAAGGUCACGGAAAUAUUAUAUUCACUGCUUCAGUGAGUGCGAACUUGGUUAAUGUUCCUCAGAGGCAGGCCGCGUAUAACGCAUCUAAAGCUGGCGUGGUACAGCUUGCAAAAUGUCUUUCUGUGGAAUGGGUUGACUUCUGUCGCGUCAACUGUAUAUCCCCUGGCUUCAUUGCGACCGAUAUUCUAGAUAUUCACCCCGAGGAAUGGCGCAGCAAAUGGUACGACAUGAUUCCAGCCAAACGCAUGGCCCAGGCGUACGAGUUGAAAGGCGCCUACGUUUUCUGUGCUUCGGAUGCAUCCAGCUACAUGACUGGCGCUGAUCUGAUUGUUGAUGGUGGUUACACUCUACCAUAG